GUUACAAUCAGAAAACUACUCAGUAUACUGGAAGAAUUCAGAUUUAUCUUCGGAUCAAAAGAGAUCACAAAUCGAGAGAACAAACACGGUCAGUAAUUUAUUUGGUUUCAAGUGAUCAUGUUUUUAGUGGUGGCAGUUUCUUUGCUGCUGGCUGCUGUUGCGUUGAUCUCCUUUGAACUGCUUGGAAGACAUCAUUCUGCAGAUCCAGUGAGGAAGAUGCCUGGCCCAAAGACAAACCUUUUGUUUGGCAAUGUUCUGCAGCUGCCAAGACUACCGAAUGGUGAGUGAGACAAGCUUACGACUCACGAAGCAAAGCCAAUUAUUUUUUCGCCAUAAUUUGCCAUCAUCUGUGUCUUAUUGCCCACAAGCAAACAAUAAGAUGGAAUCUGUUUGUAAGGUUUGAAUUUACUAAGUAGGAAGGUAAAAUAAAGACAAACUCUAAGCUGCCCUUGCAGCGCUCGACACAAGUCAAGUUACUUUCAUUUACUAAUAGUUACAUUCUCAGUUGACUAGAAAAUACCAUUUUUUCCUUUAAAAAGCCCAUUUAUAUUGAACUAUUUUUAUAAAUCUUACUUCUGAUUACAGUUUUUAAAGCUUGAUGCUGAGUCUGUAAAUAAAAAAUUUGAAAUUAUUUGCAAAUGAAUGCGUCAAUUAAUUGUUAAACUCAGGCCUGGGUCGCACCAGGGAAGUUUUGGUCAAUUAUCUGUUAAAAGAGGAUUAUUAUCUGUCAUCACAACACGUUUCCUUAUGCGGACAAUGUUCUACAAAUUUCUAAAAUUUUGGAAAUUCUGAGGAAGCUUCAAAGACACCGAAGUGUAUGGUGGGGCAGGCAGAUUUUGGGAAAAAAAACAAGACACUGAUUCCGGAGCUGUCAACGCCAGUCACUUGACCCAUAUGUGACCUGCUGUUAAGUUAUUGAUGUUUCCCUUUUUACUAUCUGCCAUUUUCCUUUUAACCAUGCGCCGGGAUCAUUCCCAAUGCAAAAUUUUCCUCAUUUUCACUCUACACUGGCUGAGAUCUGAUCAAGCGGGACCCAUGGGAAUUUUGUCUAAUAGAUACAGUAGUUAUUAUUCGACAAUAUUUAAUAGUUCAGCAAGUGUGGUUUGUGACACUAAUAGCCUGACCAACUCCAGGUCAGCUGAAGGUUGGAAAGAAAAAGAUGAUAGCCAAGCUGAAAAGCAGAAAAAAAAACAAUAUGAAAAAUGGCAGCAAGAAGAAUGAAGGGUUCUAGUAAGCCUAUGGGUCGGUUCGUUGUAAUGAACAUCAAACCAUGAUUGGGCUGGGCAAGGUAUGGUCCACCUAGUCGGCACAACACAAAUUCUAUGUAAAUGCCACCGUCUUCUAAGAAAAGCAACAUUCAGGAUUUACAUGUAUUCAUUUAUCCAUCUCUAAUACAGGGUGAAAAAGACAAACAUUUGUUGUUGUUGCAUGUUGAUAAUUUGUAGAAAUAGAAUGGCAAAAGCGAAACAAAAAGCCUGAUUUGGGUUCAUGUUUAUCGAUGCCCAAUACCCGCCAGAAAUGAAAUCUGAUCAACUGUGUUUAUUUUGACCUAUCUACGUAUUUCAGCAGUGCAACCCGAAAAUUGUGUCACAUUUUUCAGCACUUCUGCUUUUGGUUUCAACUUUUUGAAAAUUUUUUGGCCGCGUAAUUUUUAGUUUGGGCUGUAGUGCGACAUGGACCUUAGCAAAGACAUUUAACUUAUGCACACCAGGCGUGAUCUGUUUGUACAAGUCAUCCCUUGAGUUGCUUGAAAUAUGGAAUAAACAAACACGAAUAAUUUUUUUCUUAAAGCAACAUAAUUGCUCAGCCCUUUGGGCAAAUGCAACUUGUAAUAUUUAAGAAACAAGAACACCAAUGGGGAGCCCGGUUUCCGCUGUAAUUGCUGACCUGUACAUGGAAGCUUUUGAAUAACAAACCUUAGCAACCGCCCCAGAACCACCGAGGAUAUGGAAGCGCUAUGUAGAUGAUAUGUUUACCAUCAUGAAACAGAAACAUGUGGAUAAUUUCCUGAGCCACCUCCACCAACAACACCUGUCUAUCCGCUUCACCAUGGAAACUGAGAAUGACAACAAGAUCACCUCUCUCGACACCCUCGUAACAAGGGAACCAGAUGGUAAACUACACACAAGUGUAUAUAGAAAGCCCACACACACUGACCAGUACCUCAUGUAUGAUACACACCAUCCACCACAAUCAAAACGCGGUAUUGUCAAAUGUUUACAUGACCAGGCUGAACGCAUCAUCACCAAGCCAUCAGGAACAGCCCAGGAGAAGAAACAUCUAUCCACAGUUCUUGUUACCAAUGGCUACCCUUCAUCUUGCUUGCAACCCAAACAAUAUAAACAGGGACAACGGAGCCGAAAUACCGGAAGCGUGGAUGCUGACAGUUAGAAAACAUUAAAGCCAGGGAUGUACGGCAAAUCGGCGAAUGCCUGAGGAAACCAUGUUACACAGAGACAAUAGCCGGAUCAAAAUGCACCAAUCACAGCGGACCACCAUGAUGCAUAAUGCUGUGCUGGAACCAGUCGACCCCAUCGCCUGAAGAAGACUUGCAGUAAGCAGUCGAAACAUCAGGAUCUACUCCUAGUGACUUUGUCAUAAGACUACAGAAAAAAGUUUAUAUUAUCAAAUUGUAUGUGCAUAUUAAUUCUUAAUUUCAUGAAUAAUGUCAUUAUUACCUUAUUGAAUGAUAUCUAUGAGAAAAAUUUUGGAAAGCUUUUCAUGUUUAAUAUGCACAAGCAAAUGAAGAGUGCACAUCACAUGCAGAAAGUGUGAUUUGACCGUAGAUGUGUUUUCUUACUGUAACUCCUUAAUUUAUCAGUUUUUGUUUUAAUUGAUAGAUCUUGUAACGCAGAUGUUCCAGUGGGUGUACGAGUAUCCCAAUGGGAUGUUUUGUGUGUGGCUUGGGCCAACAUACCCUUUUAUCUUCUUGUACAAACCUGAACUGGUGGAGGUUAGUGAGUUUUUUAUAAUUUAUUUCUUGUCACAUACUCAUGUAACAGAAAGGAAAUUAUUUAAACCACACAAAAUAAAAAUGCAGAAAACAAUGUUUAUGCAGUAUUUAUGUAAAUGUAGUAUUAUGGCAACUUUUUUUGGAAGGGUUACAAGACUUUUUAUUAAAAAAAAAAAACUAAAUAGAAAGAGGCAAAUUUUUAUGAGAAGGAAACAAGAGUGUAAAUGAUUGAUGCUAUGCACACCUUUUUCUCACUCUCACCAACGACCAUAACAGGAAUACUGUCUUUAAGAUAAAAUGAGAAUUACAGGACGGGUGUAGCCGUAUGACCACCAAAAACAUAGUUUUCUUAGUGAUUUCUGCCAUGCAACCAAGGAGGUUGAUCUGACAGACAAAUAGGCCAUGUUUGUAUGUGAUUGAUUAAUGUUUUGCAAAAUCCCUUUCAUUCUGAUCUUACUUGAUCUUAAUUGCUUUUUUAAUUUAAUUGGUUUUGCUUUUAUAUCUAAAGUACUGCUUUGCUUUUUAGGUUGUUUUGCAUAGCUCCAAACAUAUCAGCAAGUCUGCAGAUUAUGACUUUUUACAUCCUUGGUUAGGAACAGGUCAGUUCAAACAAUUUAAAUUUCAGAUUACAUUUUACAUCACUGAUUUGGUUGAACAUUGUAUAAUUCUCAGUUGGGUACUCUGUCCAAGCUGGCCUCACUUUAAACCUCGUCUUGGUCAGUUUGGUCUCAAAUUGCCUCAAAGGCUUGUUCUCAAUUUGCAUGUAGGUUUCAUGAACUAAUUUAGAAGCAUGUGGAAAUACUUUUUUUUAGUGUGAAAAUUUUCUGAUGACCAUAGCACUCUCAGAUACACAUCUACUUGACCAUGAUCAUGUCACAGUCCAGAGCCACUUUCUAGUUCUUGCAUUUUAUACUCUGAAAGUCUAGACAUAAGAUAAACAGGAAGUGCUGCGAUCUUUGUCUUUGUCCUUGUCUAGGCAGAUGUUUAUCAGUGUCAUCUCAUUUUAUUUUCUUUUCUAUUACAUAAAUGUUGUGAUUUAUUAUGGAUCAUUGAUGUUGUAUUAACCAAGGCCUGCUGACCAGGUGGGGUACAUUUUACAUACCAACUUACUAUGAAAUGGUAGAAGAGUUUAGAUGAUAGCCAUAUGCAGAAGCCUGGGCUGGGUUGUUUUACUAAGCUUCAUGAUGUUCAUUAAAACACAUAUGUAAAUAUGUAUAAAUGUACAUGUAUUGCAUGUUCCAUGAAGAAAUUUGGUUUAAUAUGAUUAUAAGCUUGAAAGACAGUUUUCUCUGUUCCAUAGAUUUUCUGUAAUUCCUAAAACAUGUUUUCUGCUUUAAAAAGAAACAAAAACAACAAAAAGUUUUAAUUAAACCAUGUGUAAUGGCUUGCUACCUUUUGAAAAUUGAAUGGACAAGUCCCCCUCUUGUCACUUCACCGAUAAAAGAAGAAAGGGAAAAACAUUGUCAUUAAUUCCUUUCAUUUAAAUAAAUGAAAUAUUCUGCAUGUGCUUGAACCUGUUAUUAUCUUUUAGUGAUGGAUUAAAAUGGAAGACAAGGCGAAGGUUGAUCACUCCAACAUUUCACUUCAGCACUUUGAAUACCUUCCUACAAGUUUUUGAAGAACAAUCAAAAAUUCUGGUUUCAAACCUUGAGGUAACAGUUUAAUAAAUCUACAUUACACUGCAUACCAUAGAUAGUUGAACAUGCAAGCGUGCACAAUGCAGUUCAUGCUAAUUAAAUGGGAAUAAAACAUACUAAUCAUAGUGCUUCAUGUUAUGAGACAAAAGUAUCCUCUCAGAAGAUGCAAGAGAAGUAAAAAAGACAAAAUGACUUAAUGAGGUUUUUUGUUUCUUUCUCAUAAAACUGUGUAGAAAAAGGUGAAGACAGGAACUUUCAACAUAAUGCCAUACAUUACUCUGUGUACUCUGGAUAUUAUAUGCAGUAAGUACUUUGCACUAUUCAGUCACAGACUAAAAUUUGAUGAUGUUCGUGUUUGUUCUUGCAUUUGAUUAUAUUCCUUCUUUUCUCCUACAGUAGAUGUAUGUCUCUGCUAGUGUACCCUUGCGAACUUAAUUCCCAGUUUUCUGGGAAUUCCCAGGAAUUCCUGGGAAUUCUCAAACAUUCCCAACUGUGCAAAUAACCCUUGCAAACUGAAUUCCCAGUUUUCUGGGAAUUCCUAGGAAUUCUUAAAAAUUCUCAACUAUGCAAAUAUGCUCUGAUUUGAAAAGCUUGGAAUUACUGAGAAUUUCUGGGAAAGGAAGACUCCAGUUUUGUAAGGACUUGGAAUUCCUAGCAAUUCCUAGGAAUUCUCAGCUAUACAAACUAGCCGUAAUUUAAGAAGGGUGGAAUUCUUGGGAAUUUCUGGGAAUUGAAUUUGAGGCAAUUUAAAUACCCUGAGGUCUACAUAAAUUCUAUGAAAUUCUCAAUACCUGGAAUGUGAAGGUUUUAAGAAAAGGAGUAAUCUUAAAGGCUUAAAACUUUGGCUCCACAAAAGGUAUGCUAAACAAAAUUUACCAAGAGAUAUAUAUACAUGUAUAUGUUUAUAACUUAAAGAUCAUGAAAUUUAUUAUUGAAACUAAGUUUUAGUAAAUCUCUAAAUUAAUAUGGAUUUUCUCGUGAAGCAGCAGUCAAUUAUGUAAAUGCAAAAUGCAAAUUUAUCCAAUGUACUCAUAUCACAGAUUUGCUUUCUAACCUCAAAGAACUCUUGGAUUCCAUGAUCAUAAAAUAUUUUUAUUGUGAUACAAAAUGUCUCAUGUUCACAGAUGUGCCAGAAUCAUCAAACAUUCAUUAGCUGUUCCUUGGUACACAACUUCCACAUGUGUAACAAUAAUUACAUUGUUAUCUACACUUAAAGAACUUUGUUAGUUAUGAAAAUAAGUUACUUUCCUAACCUACAUUACUGGUUGCCUUUGUUAGAAAACCUUGGAACAGUCAAGCUCAGUUGCCUCAAACACUGUCAGAGACUUUUUGUUGACAUAAUUCAAUAGAAAUUUCAUGACUUAGAAAAACAAAUUCAGCACCUAAUUGAUAUUUCUUUUUUCAUGAUUAUUGUUGCUGUUUUUUUUUUCUUCAGUUUUUUGCUCUGUUUUUGUGACUGAUUGCUGUUAUUUGUUUUGCUGUAAGAGUUUUGUAAGAGUUCCAAUACUUCUGGAUCAUCCACACACUUUGCAAACAUUUGGCAUGCAGACAAGACAGAGGUAGUCAAUGUUCCCUUUGAGAAAAAACACCUUUUAAAUGACUUCUUCAAUUUACUUUAUUUGAAACUCUGAUCUAAAAAUAUUUUUAAAACAAGACUUGUUAGUAGUCAGAGAAGUACAAACCGGGUUUACUUUCAUAACUUAAUUUCUUAAAUGUCCUAAUCACUGGAUCUCCCAACAAAUAUCACUUCUUUUUAUUUUUAUUGCGAAAUAAAAGUCCGUCUUUAUAUACAAAUGAAAAGUGCAAGUCACACUUCAAUAAUAACAGCUCUAAAGUUUACUUGUUGUUCUUCUCUGUCUGUCAGCUAUCAACAAAAUUGUUUUAUACUUUGGACAGUGCAUAACCAUUUGUGGACCAGAGUUCCAACGCACCACUGUAAUCGCAUAUAGUUACUUCUGUCUCUUGUACAAAUGUUUCUCCUUUAUGAGACGCACUCUACUCUGUUGUCACCACUGCUUUAAGUUCAGUGGAAACGACUGACUGUGGAAUCGAGAUGGCGGUGUUGGAACGUGAUGCUGAACGCUUGCUACGGUCAAACUUUGUUGAUCUAGGUAUUGGUACACUGUGAUCAUCUAUGUAUCUCUUAUACUUCCUACUGUGGUAUCCUUCUUUUUAUAAAAAUGAGGGUAAAAGACGAUUUGUAAUCGCUUUUAAAAUUGUGAUUGGCUUGUGUUAUUUCUCACCUUUGCAUUGAAAACAACUCAAGUGAGUUUCGAGUCUUUAUUUCCUCGACAACUUUCGGCCACAAAUCGUGCAUUUGUAGUACGAUCGAUUCUUGUCGAUUAUUUCUACAUAGAGUGAGCUCACAUCAUUAUUCAUAUCACCGUCAGAACAUGGGUCCAAAGUAUACUUCGUCCAGAAGCAGAGAACCAGUCAGAGAAGUCAGAAUAAAGUUGUGCACUUCUCUUGACAUUGCAAUCGGCAAGCCAGCGGAUUCACUUUGCUAGCCAAUGACAAGUCCUAAAAGAUCCACGUCAUCAUACCCGUGAUCGGAAACAAAGAAGCUAUGGUGGCCGAGGGCUGCCAUUCAAAAUUUUACAACUUUUCAAAGAUUUAAUAGAAAAUGAAAGAAAAAAAAUCAAAACUGAGAGUAAAAUGGAACGUGACUGCAAAACAAAGGAAAAAGAACGAUUAAAAGUAAAAUGAAGUAGCAAGCAAAUUUAAAAGCAAAAGUAAUUGCAUUAUCAAAGUAAAAAUCAUUUCAAAAUUAAACUGAAAUCCAAAGGCAAUUCACCGAGAAAUAAAAUUAAAUUGAAAAUCAAAUCAAAACAAAAGUCAAAGUGAAGAUUGCUGUGGCCGAGGGCUGCCACUACUAUGAUACUGUGCGGACGUGAUUGUAUGUCCCAUCGU